AUGGCUAAAUUCGUCCCCAGACAGAGAAAGCACAAGGUGCUGGCUCGUGAGCGAGCCAAAGAAAGCGCCCGCCAUGAGGUCGAAGACACCAACCAGGAAAUCCUGCCGGCCGCGAAGAAGGAGCUGGAGGAGAAGAAGGCUCGCAUGAAGGAGGAGUUGAAGAAGGAUGGAGAAAAAAUGAGUGGAAAGAAGGCGAAGCGUCUGGAGAAAUACAUUGACAACAAGCUGCGCAAGGACGAGAACCGCGAAUUGCUGGCGAAGCUCGCGGAGAGAAAGAUCGAUACGAGUCUGUUUUCGAGUAGUAAAUCUCUGGGACAGGGUCGCGAAACGAAGAAGCAGGCGUUGUCUCGUGCGCUAAGAGAACACAGAGCUGGUGUCGAUCCCACGUCCUCGGCGGAAAAUAUUCUUUUUGAGCAGCGACCUGAGGUUGAUGAGGAGGCGGACGAAGACGAAGACGAUGCGCACAUGUCAGACGAUGCAGUUGCACCUAUAGCACAGCCCGAUGCUGAUGUACCGACACCCGUUGCCCCGUCCGCCCAAGAGACAGUUGCACCGGCCGUUGCUGUUGGAACCGGCCUGAAGCGGCCUCUCGAACUAGAUGACGAAGGCCGGCCGGUGAUUCAGAAGCGACAGAAAAGAGGAGGGCUAAAGACCAAGGUUUCACUCCUCGCAGAGAAGCAACAAGAGUCCGAAGAAUCAGGAGAUGAUGAUGAAUGGAACGGUUUCAGUGGCGACGAUGACGACAAGGCUGAGAAAGAUGAUGAUGACUCUGACGAAGAAGAAUCCGAAGGCAGCUCAGACGAAGGCUCCGAAGACGAUGAUGACUCCGAAUCCGAAGAAGAAACAAGCGAGGAAGAGGAAGAUGAAGAGGAGAUAGACGAAGAACAAAAGAGCCAAAGGUCGUCCUCCUUUAAAGCAUGGGCCAAUCAACAACGAAACGAGGCGCUUGGAUACCAGCCGGUGGAUGCAAACUCAGCCGUUCUAGAGAUACCGAAGCCUGAAAAUUUCGUUCCUAGAGCACCCGAACAAGACCCUUUACCGAUGGAAUUACAAGUCACCGAGAAAACGUCAAGAAAAGUCUUUAGCGUGGCUGUUGUGAGAACUCCCGAGAUCGAAGAGGCUCGUAUGAAGCUCCCAGUCGUCUCUGAAGAACAGAGGCUCAUGGAGGCAAUCCACAACCAUGACAUCGUUGUAAUCUGUGGUUCCACUGGUUCGGGAAAAACUACCCAGGUGCCUCAGUUCUUGUAUGAGGCGGGUUACGGAUCUCCUGAUUCGCCUACACCAGGACUAAUUGGCGUCACCCAGCCCCGUAGGGUUGCUGCUGUCAGUAUGUCCAAGCGAGUUGCCGAUGAGCUUGGAGACCACUCAAGUGCGGUAGCCUAUCAGAUCCGUUUUGAAGGCAAUGUUGAUGCAAAGACUGCCAUCAAGUUCAUGACUGAUGGUGUGUUGCUUCGAGAGGUUGCCCAGGAUAUCACACUACGAAAAUAUUCGGCCAUUGUCAUCGAUGAGGCUCACGAGAGAAGCGUCAACACCGAUAUCUUGAUUGGAAUGCUCAGUCGAGUCAUUAAACUCAGAACUGAGUUGUCACAGGAGGACCCAACGAUUAAGCCCCUGAAACUCAUCAUCAUGUCUGCCACUCUAAGAAUAGAGGACAUGACAAUGAACCCCAGCCUGUUUUCCACACCACCACCUGUUGUCGAGGUCGAAGGACGACAGCAUCCUGUAACUAUCCACUUUGCGCGUCGUACUCACCAUGAUUACGUGGAAGAAGCAUUCCGGAAAAUCACCAGAGGCCAUAAGAAACUGCCACCUGGCGGCUUCUUGGUUUUCCUGACGGGCCGCAAUGAGAUUCUGCAAUUGAGCAAGAAACUCAAGGCGGCUUUCGGCGGCCCUAGGUCAGCUGAGGGCCCCAAGAUGCAGGUACUGCCCCUGUACUCUUUGCUUCCAGUCAAAGAGCAGCUGAGAGUCUUUGAAGAGGUUCCCGAAGGAACUCGGCAGAUUAUCCUUGCAACCAACGUUGCUGAGACCAGUUUGACUAUACCCGGUAUUCGAUUUGUAUUCGACUGUGGACGUUCAAAAGAACGGAAUUACGAUCGCCUCAGCGGUGUACAGAGCUACGAGAUUGGCUGGAUCAGCAAGGCCAGCGCAAGUCAGCGAUCGGGUCGUGCCGGACGUACGGGCCCUGGUCACUGCUACAGACUCUAUUCAUCGGCUGUUUACGAGAGAGAUUUCCAAGAGUUUUCAGAUCCCGAACUGCUGCGGAUGCCCAUCGAAGGCAUCGUGCUGCAGCUCAAGGCGAUGAACCUACAAAACGUCGUCAACUUCCCCUUUCCUACACCCCCCGACCGACAAAUGCUCGCCAAAGCCGAAAAGCUUCUCACAUAUCUUUCUGCCAUAUCUCCCAGCGGCCAGGUUACCAAGGUGGGAACAACAAUGUCCUUGUUCCCCCUGUCGCCUCGAUUUGCAAGAAUCUUGCUCGUUGGACACCUCCACAACUGUUUGCCAUAUACGAUUGCUCUCGUAGCUGGACUCUCCGCAGCAGAAGUUUACCUCGCAGAGAACCAGGCUAUUCCAGCUCUCGCUGAAAAGGAAGAUACAGCAAUCCGCACUGCUGCUGAUGUUAUUGCCGAAGAUCGCCAGGCAAACUCUGACGCCAUCAAGCUUCUCCAAGUCGUCGGCGAGUUUGCACACGAGCCAACCGAGCAAUGGUGUGAAACCCAUUUCGUCCGCUACAAGGUCCUCAAAGAAAUCCAGCAGCUGCGAAAGCAAAUCACAGAUCUACUACGCACAAAUAUCCCCUCCUUCGCUGCACUACAAUAUCAAGAAAAACUAGACCCUCCCUCACCGAAGCAAGUCAGCGCGCUGAAGCAAAUGACCGCAGCCGGCUUCCUGGACCAAGUCGCCAUCCGCGCAGACCUGGCACCCAACCCACCCGAGCAAUUCAGAAAACCUCGUCGCGCAAUCGACGUGCCUUACAUCCCGCUCAUCCCUCUCAACAGACCCGGCAGCGGCGAAAACCCCUGUGUCUACAUCCAUCCCACUUCCUCGCUCGCACACCGUGCUACACCGUCCGGCGCACUCGACUCGGAGAAGAAGCCCAAGACGAGAAUGCAUGCGCUCACCGACGUGACGGGCGGUCAGCUUGCUGGUCUGGCAAAGGGCACGCCGCUCAUUAGCUAUGGAAAGCCGAUCAAGGAGGUCAAGGCUCAGGCUCUGGGAGCCGAUGGAGCGACGACGCGGGAGUGCUGGGUCGUUCCGUAUUUGAGGGCAGAGAAUACCGCGGGACAGGGAUGGCCGCUGCCGGCGCAGAAGGUGAAGCAGAAGAAGGUGGCGGGCAAAGGAUGGAUUGUUGAAUGA